AUGCCACCGAAAGCGGAACCGAAGCAGUACACGCCGGAAGGCCAAUCGGAGACGACGUCCAUCGCGCUCGAUAAGGCCACGGAUUCGUUGCAAAAUGCGGUGAAAGCAUCCAUCGCGGAGUUGAAGAAUGUCUACUUGGACUCGCAACGUUCGCAUAAUUUGAAGCACAAAAUGGACGUGCAAACCAUGGAGCAGAUGAAAAAAGAGUUCGAUCAAGAGUUGAAGACGAGUGGAGUGAAACUGGACAACGCGACCGCGCAGAUUAAGACUUUGAACACGCAAUUGACCGAGGAGAAGAUCAAAGCGAGCGAGGCCUUGAAGACGCACCAAUCGACCGAACAAUCUAUUCGCGGGAAGUUGGAAUCCGCGCAAACUUUGGCAGCCAGAGAUCAAGAUAACUUAAAAUCGAACAUCUCUGAGUUAUCCAAACAACUCGGCGUGGCAAACACGGUGAUCGAUAAGUUGAAAGAUGAAGCCAAAAGCACGGCUGCUGAGAACAAGUUGACGGAGACGAAACACUUGCAAAAAAUCGACGAGUUGGCGAAAGCGUUGGAAUCGGCGAGAAUGAACUUUGCGGAGAAAGACUCGGCGUUAAGCGCGGCGAACGCGACGAUUAAGAGCGACGAGAAAGCGAUCACGGAGUUGUUGAGAGAGAAGAGCGAAGCGUCGCAAAAGAUUUCGAGUUUGAACACGCAGCUGGAGAGCCAGCGGGCGAGCACGGAGCAGUGGCAAAGAGAGGCGGACAAGUCAAAGAACGACGCGGCGACGGCGAGGAAGGAAACGCAAGUGGAAACGAGCGAGAAGGCGAAGGUUUCCGAGGCGAAGGCGUUGUUAGAGGCGAAAGUGGAGGAGUUGUCGAAGAAGUUGAACGCGAUGACGGCGGAAGCCGCCGGCGCCAAGGAGAAGAACGCGAGCAUGAACAACCAGUUGAAAGAGAAAAUCACACAAUUGGCGGAGACGAAGGAAGCGGCGAGAUUGCGAUCGGUGGAAGACCAAGGAGUGAUUGCGAACAGGGAGUCACAGUUGGCGGAAACGCAAGCGCAGCUGGAACGCUUGAAGCAAGAGGCAUACAACUUGUACACUUCGUACACCGGCGCCAUGCAGCAAAUGGAAGAAUACAGAGUCGCGUUGGAGAGAGAAACGCACGAAUCCGCGAAAUUGCACCAAGCGAUCGCGCAACAAAAGAACGAAGCGGCGAGAGAUGCGGUCAAAAUGAGCUCCGCGGGUGCCAUGUUAGGCCCGCCGGCUGGCUUCGGCCCAGGAGGAAGCGCCGGAAGAUCUGGCGGCGGCUCCUCCUUCUACGACGGCCCUCCCAUCGGCAUGACCAUCGAAGAGUUAUCUGGCAUGAAAAACUCGCCGAGAAACACGCCGAGACAAGGUGGACGUUAA